AUGCCAUCUCCUCCACCCGACUGGGUCAAGGCUCUGAAGCCUGCAGGCCCGCAGGGUUCCGAGCUGCUCGCUCAAGAGCGAGCCCAAUCCAAUGUCAACGUUGAGAAGCUGUCCGAGUACCUUCACACCAAGGCUGCGCUGGAGAGGCAAGAUAAGCUGGUGGCUCUGCUCCAGCCCGAGAAGGUCUUCGACAAGUCACAAAAUCACUCUCUGGGUCGCGUGGAGCGUCUGCAGCGAUCACUCGCCAAGGCCAAGCGCCUGCAACAAAUAGCUGAGGAGCACAAAUGGAACAUGGAGGAGCUUCACACUGCCAAUGAGCUUAUUGGCGAACCUACACCUUAUGGCCUGCAUGCGAGCAUGUUCUUGGUGACCCUCCGCGAACAAGGAACCCCCGAACAACACAAGCUAUUCCUCGAGCGUGCCCAGAAGUAUCAGAUCAUCGGUUGUUAUGCCCAAACCGAGUUGGGUCACGGAUCCAACGUCCGUGGUCUCGAGACCACCGCCACCUGGAACUCCGACGACAAGACCUUCACCAUCAACUCCCCGACUCUGACUGCCUCGAAAUGGUGGAUUGGUUCUUUGGGUCGCACUGCCAACCACGCCGUUGUCAUGGCACAGCUGUUCAUCGAUGGCAAGAGCUUCGGUCCUCACCCAUUUGUGGUUCAGGUCCGUGACCUCGAGACUCACCAACCAUUGGAGAACGUUUACGUUGGUGAUAUUGGUCCCAAGUUCGGUUACAACACCAUGGACAACGGCUUCCUUCUGUUCAACAAGGUUAAAAUCCCUCACGUCAACAUGUUGGCCCGCUUCUCUCGCAUCGAUAAGGACACCAACAAGUACCUUCGUCCCGCUUUGCCAACCUUAGUUUACGGUACUCUGACCUGGGUGCGCUCCAACAUUGUUCUUCAAGCUGGUGGCGUUUUGGCUCGUGGUGUCACUAUUGCGACUCGAUAUGCCGCCGUUCGCAGACAAUUCCAGGACCGUGAUGCGGAGCCUCACGCUGGUGAGAACCAAGUGCUCAACUAUAAGAUGGUGCAGGUUCGCUUACUACCGCUGCUCGCAUCUAUGUACGCUCUCCACUUUACUGGUCGCGGCAUGAUGGCUCUGUAUGAGCAGAACCAGAGCCGUAUGAAGGCUGCUUCAUCACCUGGCCAGGACUCUCGUGGGGCUGGCCCCGAGGAGCUCCGCGCUGGUGCCGACCUGCUGGCAGAUCUGCACGCUACCUCUUGCGGCCUGAAGGCACUUGCCAGUACUACCGCUGGAGAGGGUCUCGAGGUCUGCCGUCGUGCCUGCGGUGGCCACGGUUACAGCAGCUACAGCGGUAUUGGCCCUUACUACUCUGACUACCUCCCUACUCUCACCUGGGAGGGUGACAACUACAUGUUGACCCAACAGGUCGCCCGCUACCUGCUCAAAUCAGCCCGUGCUGUUCUUUCCGGCAAGUCUGCUGACAACGACACAUCCCGCAUCCUCCGCAACUACCUCAACCGCCGCGACAAGGGUGCAUCUUUCGAUGUCCUCGAGGAGGACGCCGACAUUGUCGCUGCUUUCGCCUGGCGAACAGCCCACCUCACCUUUGAGGCCCUGAAGCACCGCGACGCCGAGAAGCGCUCAUGGAACAGCCUCCUGGUUGACUUCUGGCGUCUAUCGACCGCUCACUCCCAGUACCUGGUAGUCAAGAACUUCUACGAGGCCGUCUCCUCACCUCAGCUCGCCUCUGCCUUGGACCAAGACACCAAGUCUCUGAUGCACUCUCUCUUCCGCCUCUACGCCCUUUACACCCUCGAGCGCGAGGCCGCCGAAUUCUUCUCCUCCGGUGCUGUCACCGUGCGCCAAAUCACACUGACCCGCACCACUGCCGUGAUGAAGUUGCUAGAUGAGAUUCGCCCUCACGCCGUGCGCUUGGUCGAUGCCUGGGCUAUCCCAGAUUGGCAAUUGGACAGCAGUCUGGGUCGUUCUGAUGGACAGGUCUAUGAGGAUCUCUUCCGUCGCGCAAGUCAGGAGAACCCCGUUAAUGAUUUGACGUUCGAUCCCUACCCCUGGAACAAGGCUCUGCUCAAGAAUGAGCCCACCAAGAGCAAGUUGUAA